AUGGCAUUCAAAAAGGAAAAGCUCUUCGUCCGCAAAAUCGAAGAGAAAGCUCGCCUAACCCCCACCGGCAUCUUCGCGCGCGUCCCGUGCGACAACUGGGAGACGAACGGCUACCGCUCCAUCACCUGGAAGCAGUACAACGACGGCAUCAAUAAGAUUGCACACUGGCUGGAUGAGACGCUCGGCAAGUCGGCCGACAAUGCUACCGUGUCGUACUUCGGGGCCAACGACAUCCGCUAUGCGUUUGUUUUUGCUGCCCUGAACAAGUCGAACCGUAAGCUGCUCACCCCUGACGGCCGCCUCAUGAAAGGUGCGCUGCACGGCCUCCUGGCCGAAUCCAGCUGCAAAGCAUGGCUGUACACCGAGGAUGAGAUUGCCGCCCAAACCCCGUUCGGUCUGGAAGAAACCGGCGUCGCGCAACACGCCUUCCCAUCGCUGGAGUGGUGUCUCGCCGCCGAGGAUACCCCGCCGUACCCAUACACCAAGACCUACGAGGAGCACAAGUGGGAAGAAAUCCUCAUCAUCCACACCUCCGGGACAACCGGCCCGCCCAAGCCCAUUUACAUGAACAACGGCUUCUGGGCAGCGGCCUGCGCGUCGCCGCAGCUGUCCAAGCGGAACUGGCCGAGGGCUAUUGGGUCCGAGGAACUCUACGGCAGGAGCUUGAUAUUGGCCUGCCCGAUGCGAUGGAACUCGGGGCUCAUUCUGACCAACGCUUUCGGCGUCUUUGCGAACACCUGCUGCGUGCUGCCCCCGCCCGACGCGGUGGGUCUGCCGCCCGCCGUGUUCGACAAGCUCACCGAGCUCAACUUGGUGGAAGGGCUCGUGGCGACGCCUUUUACCGUUGCCGAGCUGUUUAACGACGCCACCACCCGCCCGACGCUCCAGGCCCUCGACUUCGUCACGUACCUCGGCGCGCGGCUGGACAAGACCGUCGGCGACGCGCUGGUGCAACACACGCGCCUGGGGUCCGUCAUCGGCGCCACCGAAACCGGCGGGCGGUUCUCGUUCCUGCCGCGGGACAAGAAGUUCUGGCACACGUUCGACUUCAUCCCCGAGGCGCAUGUGCGGCUCGUCCCGAUUAGCAAGUCGGAGCUGCCGACGAGCGCGACCGAGGAUGGCGAUGUGCACCGCAUGUUUAUUGAUCGGCCAGAGGGCGAGGCCAGGGAGGACAUGUGUGCCUUCUGGAACGUGAGAAUGUUUGAGCAUGCCGAUACGAUUGACACCAAGGAGCUGUGGCGGCCGGUCGACUGUGACGGGGAGAUGCGGUGGGAGUUCUUUGCGCGGGCCGACGACUCCGUUAAGCUUUUCGGCGGGGUCUCCUUCGACGCGGCCGAGUUCGAGACGCCGAUUGCAAGACACCUCGGCGUCCGGGUCUCGUUCGUCGGGGGUGCCGGACGACCGGCGCCAUUUGUGAUUCUAGACAUGUACGAAGAUGCGGUGCGUGGACGGAACCAAGGGGACGUCGCAAGGGAGGUCUGGGAAACAGUCAUCGAGCCGUUGAACCGUCAGGUCGUCAAGGAGAUCCGGAUUCCGGUGGAGACGGUCAUGGUGACUGUGGAGGGGCGGCCGUUGCCGUUGGGCAUGAAGCAGCUUGUGCUGCGGACGCGGGCGGAGGAGGAGUACAAGGCCGAAAUCGAGGCGGCCUAUGCGAGGUUGAACAAGGGGCAAGAUAGUCGGGAGAAGUUUGCCGCAUUUAUGAAGUAA